CCAGCCCAACAGCCGGCCCAAGAAUACCGAAAACGUGAGGCCCGAGUAACCAGAGUAUUACGGAGACUUCCAUUGGGAUUUCACGGCCGGCUUACGCUGGAACCGAGGAACGCCGACUCGCUGACCGCGGCUUCAGGCUCACUUCCAGUCCGAGUCACCUUCAGGCUUCACUGCGGACUGCGUCUGCCUCACCGCUUCAAUAGGUCAGGGGUUCAUCCUUCACUCUUCAGAUACUACACCGGCUACCCGAAAAAUCUUGGGCCAUCAAAAGUUAUUCACUUUACAUCGGAGCGUGAAUUCGUUCAGCUUCUUCAUCAAGGAAAUCCUGUGGUUGUUGCAUUCACUAUCAAGGGUAACUAUACAAGACAUCUUGAUAAAGUAUUGGAGGAAGCUGCUGCUGAGUUCUAUCCUAAUGUAAAUUUUUUACGUGUUGAGUGCCCAAAGUACCCUGGAUUUUGCAUAACGCGACAAAGGAAGGAAUACCCUUUCAUUGAGAUGUUUCACAGUCCAGAACAAGUAUUUUCGCGCACGCAAUCCCUAUUUAAAAGGGAGCUUUGUUAUGGUAAUAAAAUAUCCAAGAAAUAUUAAGAAGAAAUCAAGGAUAAGGCAUCUAAUCCGGGUAAGGUUGCUGAUCCAAAUGUAACAAGAUACUCUGUGAAAGUCUUACCUUUCAAUCAUGAUCUUAGUGCAUAUGGAUUCCGAGAGUAUUUCAAGAGGCAUGGAAUUCAAUCACCAGGUGGUCGUCCUCAGUAAAAUUUGUCAAGCGCAUGCAACUUAAUAUGGCGUUAUGCCCUGACAGCUUUGAACUUCCUAUGAUGAAGUAUAGUGGCGUGGCAUCCGUCUAUUACUACUAUCAUUAUUAACAUCAAUUUAUUAUUAUAUGGUCAUUAAUUAAUAUUAUUACAUCAUCAUCAUCAUCAGUACUCAUCAUCAUCAUCAUCAGUACUGGUAGUUAGUUAUUCCCCAGGACUUAUCUUUGUUUUAUUAUAUAUUAAGGUUUUGACAUAUUUAAAUCAAUUUUUUGCGCUUUAGUAGAAGAUUUAGCGUAGGUUUUAAACAUAUGUAACUCAUAAUUUAGUUUUUAUUUGAACCCAUCUACAUUUCAAGGCUUACUUGUGAACAUGUUUUAUACUCCCUCCGUCCCUGUAUAAAAG